UUGAGCUAUGCUAAGCAAGACUUGCUAAGCAUCAGUCUUUAUCGAGUUGUUAUCUUUUUUUGAGUUAUACACAUAUCAAUCAUGUCUUGAUCAUCUAAACUUAUCUUUUUGAUUAGAUUUGAAAGUUUAUAUCAUUCCAUCGAGAACAAAUUGUACCAACGAUGAGUUCGUUUUUAAGGACGGGUAACAGGUUAACCGGAAAUUAUACGCAAGUACCAUCAUCUGCAUCAUCAUAUUCAGCACCAUCAUCAACUUCACCUGCAACUAAAAAAGAUUCUAAAGAUAAUUCUUCUGGCAACUCAACACCUCUGGUAACUCGUAAGGCUCGCAGACGAUCCAACCUAUUCCCACCGUUUACAAAUAAUAAGAAUAAAGCCUUAGAAGAGAAGAUGAAAAAUGGUGAACUCGGUAUUGGUCGUGAAAUCCCAGUUAAACAAGGUUUCCUGUAUAAAAAGAGUAAAAAAGCAUUGAAUAAAGAUUGGAAAAAGAAAUGGGUUACAAUUAAAGAUGGUUACCUAACUUAUCAUUCUACACUUCAAGAUUACCAAAGCGAAGCUCAAGGAAAAAGUAUACCUCUAAAACACACAACAGUCAAAAUUCCAGGACAAAAGCCGAGAGGAUCCAGACCAACUCAAGGAAGUAGUGGACCAUCAAGUUUGGUAGAAUCUGCUGCCAGUGAUUUAGAAAACGAUCUCAACAAUUUACAUCUUUGUUCAGCUAUUGAAAACGAUAGACACACUUUAGGUCCCAACUCUGUUUUCGGGAAAGAAUCUAGUCACCAGAAAAAACGUCAUCGUCGAAGUAAAAGCAACAAUAAGCAAUAUGGUGAUGGUGUUGAUGAUUCUGAUACCUAUGAAUUUAUCAUUGUUUCCCUUGACAAUAAACAAUGGCAUUUUGAAGCAUCAAGCUGUGAUGAAAGAGAAGAAUGGGUUACCAAAAUCGAGGAAGAAAUUUUAAACAGUUUACAGGAAAUGGAAAGUGACAAAUCAAAAUAUCGUAUUAGUGGAAUCAUCGAUCGAGCCUCGGUACAAACAAUACGUGAAGUUGCCGGAAAUUCCCAUUGCGUUGAUUGCAAUAAACCAAAUCCCGAUUGGACUAGUUUCAAUUUAGGCGCAUUAAUUUGUAUCGAAUGUUCUGGUGUUCACCGUAAUCUUGGAACUCAUAUAUCUCGUGUUCGCUCAUUAGAUUUAGAUGAUUGGCCACCUGGUCAUGUGAGUGUAAUGAAAGCUCUUGGCAACUCAGUCACAAACAGUAUUUACGAGUUUAACAUCAAAGGAUUAACUAAACCAAUACCAUCUUCAUCCAGAGAUGAGAAAGAAAAAUGGAUAAGAAGUAAAUAUGAAAAGAAAGAAUUUCUCGCACCAUUAGAUUCAUUACUUCCGAUUGGACAUCAACUUAUGGAAUGUAUUUCUAGUGGAAAUGUACCCAGUGUGGCUAAAGUUUUGGCUCACUUAUCCUCUCCAGACCAGAUAAACUCAUCAGUACGUUCAGCGGAUGGCAAAUAUCCAUUACAUAUUGCUGCAUCCAUAGGAUCUCUUGCAAUCGUUCAGUUACUUAUUUGGAACAACGCUAAAGUUGAUGUUAUUGACCGUUAUGGACAAACAGCUUUACAGUAUGCCAUGAUAAAUGGCCAUAAAGAUAUUGCAGACCUUCUCAUUCAACAUGGGUGUUCACCAUUAACAGGUACAACUGGAAUAAUCAAUGGGUCACACAUUAGAAGACGUCCGAGGGUAACCUCCAUGGCAUCUUUAGCUAUGGAUGUGUUUGAUAAACUUCCUGCUAGUAUUAUUUGAUUUUUGUGUAUAUAAUUGUAUGUAAUAGUUGAAUUUUUACUGCAGUAAAGAACUAUUAUUGUCAACAAUUCCAAUUUAAUUUUCAUGUUGGCCUUGAAAGGCUAAAAUUUCAAUCAAAUUGGAGCUCAGAAAAGAGCUAAAAAAGGUUCAUCCAUCGUUAAUACAAGCAUAUAUAAUUAAAAAUAAAUAAAUUUGUUA